ACCUAAUUUAUUUAUUCUUUAUUGUUAUGGAGCAGCAACAACAACAACAACCUUUAUUGAGUCCAAAUGUUGCUAAACUUCUUCGCGGGGAAUUAUUGCCUACAGGGCCACCAACUAUUUCAUCGCCAGUUCCCAAGAAAAUCGAUGUAGAGCCGGAACAUUAUAAAGAGCAAAUACAAAUUUGUGUAGCCAAUCCGGGACGUUUUAUGGCGAGUUGGACUCUCUUGGCUUCUUUGUUUAGCGAGGCUAAGCUCUACGAUUAUAUAAAAAAGAGCGAUUGGAGUAAAGAAGAGCUGAAAAAUUUUAAGAUAAGCGAUGAAUUGGAUUAUGGGAAUCAACAAAUGAAUUAAAU